CAACCCAACCCCCUUCUCUCCCUGUUCUAGAAAAAAAAAACUCUCUCCCCGUCUUCUCGACUCAAGUCGCAAAGCCUUCCCCUCCCCUGGAUUCAUCGACCCCACGCGCGCGCCUCCCAACCUUAUACGCCAGAUCGGCUCCCACCACCGCACGCGCAGAAUCCGUUUGGGGUUUCGACGCCGGCGCGGCAGCGAGCAGCCGGUCCCAGGGCGUCCGUCCCCCUGCUCCCCCGCGGGCACCAGCAAGGCGAGUCUUGUUUCGACAUAAUGCAAGACCCUAGAGGUAUGGGACGAGAGGAUUUCUCGGCCUCGAAGUCACAGAAGAGGAAGGUUGUGUACCGGCCUUUGCCUUCAGUCCAGAUAAAAACUGAACCUGAACUGCUGCGGAGAGACAUUCCACAUUCGUUGGCCAAUACACAGAAGCCACCUAAGAGAAGCUUCAGGAGUGAGCCCCGCCCUCCCACGCCGCAGUCUGACAGAGGAACUCCGGACUCUCUACCAGAUUCUGGUCCUGCGGAUGAAUAUCGGGCGCUACGGAGGAAGUACAUGAUGCUGGAGGAAGAGAACUACACGCUGGAUGCACAAUUAGGCAUGGCAGAAGAGGAAGCCAAAACUCUCGAGGAUGAGAAGUUUGCAUUGCUGGAUCAGCUUGUUGUCUUGGAAGGUCUUGUGGAGGAGCCUUCACAGCUGCAGCCACAGCGAAGGCUAUAAGCAAGCCAUCUAUGUGUGACCCUUCGCUUUUUCUAGUGUAAUCCUGCAUCUAGUAUUGUUAAGUGUGACCCUUCGCUUUUUCUAGUGUAAUCCUGCAUCUAGUAUUGUUAAGUGUGAUUACCCUCAAGAUGUAGCCAUUGUAGUGGAAAGAAAAAAAAACCUAUGACAUCAGGUUUAAGAACUAUGGAAUUCAUGAAUGAUGCAACUGAUCUAGAUAAUUUAUCUAUGUUUACUCCCUUCAUCCUGUGAUAUAAGAUGUUAUUACAAUCAAUAUGUGAGUAUAUCGGUUGUAAUAACAUCCUAUAUUGUGAGACUGAGGGAGUAGUAUAUUGUUGACU